ACUGUGUCUAGGCGUGGGACAUCAACGAUGUCCGUCCUAUCGAAUAUGUCGUCCAGUCCCACCAUACCGGAAACGUUCGCCGGGGCGGACGUUUUCGUGACCGGAGGGUCCGGAUUUAUGGGCAAAAUUUUGCUGGAGAAGCUGUUACGAUCAUGCCCGGAUGUGGGAAAGGUUUUCGUGCUAAUGAGACCCCACCGGGGUGCCUCGGAGUCGGAACGGAUCAGUCAGUUGGUUCAGCUUCCGUUGUUCGACAAACUGCGUGCAAGUCAUCCGGAAAGUUUUGGAAAGUUGAUCCCGAUAAAUGGGGACUGUUCCGAGAAGCGGCUCGGAAUGGACGAUGCUAGCUUUGGGCGGCUGGUCGACGUUCAGUUUGUGUUCCAUGCGGCUGCGAGUGUCCGGUUUGAUGAUUCGCUGCAGAAAGCCAUUCUAAUGAAUACCCGGAGCACCAGGGAUAUACUUGAGUGGGCGUCUACGUUGAAGAAGUUGAGAGCAUUUGUCCAUGUUUCGACGAUGUACUGCAAUGUGGAUCACACGACGGUCGAAAUGGUUGAAGAGUUGGGCCGAGCUAAGAUGGAUUGGAAGUUGGCCAUUGAUGCGGCCGAGCAGCUGGAUGUGGAAAUGCUGGAAACUUUAGCACCCAAAUUGAUGAACGGAACAAUGAACACGUACCUCUUUACCAAAGCUUUGGCUGAACACAUUUGUCACGACUACAGCCGAAAGCUGCCACUAGUGAUUUACCGGCCGUCCUUAGUGGUCUGUUGUGAAAAGGAACCACUUCCGGGAUGGGUUGAUAAUUUCAACGGCCACGUGGGUCUCUUACUAGCUUUCACCACCGGUAUUUUGAGGACCGUAUACUUCGACCCCAAAGGAACGAUCGACAUAAUUCCGGCCGAUAUGUGCAUAAAAACCAUCCUGAUAGCGGCCUGGCUGAGGGCCACCAAUUCAGAACACUCUCGGCUUAUCUACAAUGGAGCCGUUGAGAGGCGCAAAACUUGUACCUACAGUGACAGUUUUCCGAUGGAAAAGUUGCUGCACCGGAUGUACCCACCGAGCCAGCUGGUCUGGUUUCCUAACAUAACCUUUGCUCACUGCAUAUACGAGUACUAUUUGUACUUUCUCUUGUUUCAAAUCCUGCCCAGCAUGAUGGUAGAUUCGAUACUUCGAAUUAAAAACCAAAGACCUCGAUUGAUGAAAAUACAGCGUGUAAUAUUCAGCCUCACGUUAUCAGUUCUACCGGUGGCCUUCAAUAACUGGACCUUUCGAGCAGACAACUUCAAGAUGCUCGAGAAUGUGAUACAUCCGACAGACAGGGAGCAGUUCGAUUUGGCACACAUCCAAAGUGGUAUGUUUGAGUUUGGGAAAAUUUGUCACCUCGGAGGACGUCGCUAUCUGGUUAAGGAAUCGGACGACACCGUUCCGUCAGCAAGGCGUAUUAGUCAACGGCUCGAAAGGAUGGAUCGAAUUGUUUCUUGGAUAUUCUAUGCUGUUUUCUGGUACCUAAUGUAUCGACUUGUGUUUUGAAUUAAGAUUUUUGUUAAAUUUCUUUGUACAAUAAUGAUGUCGGUGGUUUUACAA